UUGUUUACACAUGUGUAUUCCCAUAAAUAUUUAAAUAAAUAUAAUUCUAGUUGGGAUUUUAAGUUAAAGCUUUAAGCUAAAUUACUCAUUGAAAUUAAUAUGAAAUAUAAUGUGUACUAAACAUGAUGAAGAUUACGAAAUAUUGUAUAAAAACUAUUAUACAUUUCCCGACUAAAGUUAGGUUAUUUUCGUUAAUGUCUAAAACAUGCUGGAACUUUGAAUUGUGUUCUUUUCGGUUUAUAAUGGACUCUGCAAAUUCAAGACUGUUUACUGUGCUCGUAGAAGGUAAUAUAGGAAGUGGAAAAACUACUUUCUUAGAGCAUUUUAGACAAUUUGAAGAUAUAACUCUGUUAACGGAACCAGUAGAAGAAUGGCGUAAUCUCAAAGGCUGGAAUCUUUUGGAUUUGAUGUAUAGAGACCCUUCAAAAUGGGCGAUGACUUUCCAGGCGUAUGUGUCUCUUACUAUGCUGGAAAUGCAUCGCAGACCGACAAGAACCCCCGUUAAAUUGAUGGAACGUUCUAUCUUUAGUGCAAAGUACUGUUUUGUAGAACAAAUGAAGAGACUAGGCACACUACAUCCUGCACAAUUUGCAGUUCUAGAUGAGUGGUUUACAUUUAUCAACACAGAGAUUCCAGUUGAAGCUGACCUCAUAGUGUAUCUUAAGACUACCCCAUCUAUAGUUUAUGAUAGGAUUAAAAAACGGGCUCGUUCAGAAGAGCAGUGUGUUCCACUGACCUAUAUAGAGGAACUACAUAAACUACACGAAGACUGGCUUAUUAAUAGAUCUCAUGCUGACUGCCCAGCACCUGUAUUAGUAUUAGACGCAGAUCUUGAUUUAUCUCAAAUAACAGAAGAAUAUAAGAAAAGUGAACACCAAAUCUUAAGAAAAGCUGUAAAUGUUGUUAUGCAAUCACCAAACAAGUUGAGCCCAAAGAAACCAAUCACUGGUGAUGCUAUUCAGAUUCUUCCUAAGAUAAGACUAUAAUUAAUUUGAAUAGUUGAUAAGAUUAAUUUAUAAGAAAUUAUAUUUAAAUUAUGUAGGAACGGUAAAUAUUUGUUUGAAAGGAAAUGAUUACUCUAAUAACAUUGUUUGACAUGAAACCAGUGACAUUUAUAUGGGAAUAUCUUAGCAGUAAAUAUAUUCCAUGCACUUGAAUUGUGUGAAAUCCGCCAGAUCCAGAAUGGUGAAUUUUACAGUAUACAUUUUUUUUGCUGGUAACAGUUACGUUUAACACGUUGAUGGAUACUAUUACACCUGUUUGUUACUGAUUUGUCACUACUUUUUUUCAUACAUUGCCUAUAGACGUAGUGUCACAACGCGUGGUAAAAUAUAUAUGUAACACGACAGUACGUCUAUAGGCGUAUACGUCGUAAGACGUACUGUCACAGAGUAUCAUUUUUGUAGAAUGUUAUAUGACAGUACGUCUAUAGGCGUAUACGCCUUUAGACGUACUGUCAUAUUACAUAUAUAUUUUACUACGUGUUGUGACACUACGCCUAUUUACGUUUCUGAAAUAAUAAAAAAAAUUGUUUUAUUUUAAGGUAUUUAUUAAAUUAACAAAAAAUAUUCGGUCACACUUACACCAUUAGUAGUCUUAUUAAUCAUUUCUCGAAUAUUUUAUAUUCAAGUAGUUACUAGUAAUCAUCGAAAUCUCUAAAAAAUCAACAUACUUACUGCUUAAUUUUAAGUAUUUAUUAUAUAUUUUAUAACAAAAACAAAUUAGCUUAAAUUUUCAGUCUCAAUCUAAGUCUAAAAAUAUUUAAAAUUACACAUCUUCGAGUCUUUUCAAAUCAAGUCUUAAAAUGUUACAAACCUCUAAAUAAGUAAUCAACAUACAGUGUUUAUUUUAAAACACAUUAAAUAUCAAGUUAACAGGAAUAUCUGCUCCUUUUGUACUCAAUCAGUAUCAAUAAUAAAUAAUAAAAUAGCACUUAGGUAGGUAUUUAGAUUCAACUUAUAACUAAAAUCAAAUAAUCUCAUAAAUCUCUAAGAAUUAAACAUAAAGUAACUAGUAUAACACAGCAGCUAGUUUUUUCUUAUCACAACAAUAACACUUAUCAUUAUUUAUCAUCAGUUAGAGUGAUAAGUUUUCGUGGUAACAUUCAAAGCAAGAUGGGCACAAUGGGGGUUUAUCUGGGCACCCUUUGCAACGAUAGCUCGUUUCUCGUCGAAUGGCUUUUUGGGCACAAACUUUGCAUUUCAGGAAGGCGAAUUUUUUUUUGGUUCCUGGUCGGGCUGCCAUUUGUUCGGGCCAGUGACCAUGCAUAGCAUUUGCUGUUAGAGAGACGUUUGCUUCAUGAUGUGCAGCAGACGAUUGAUUUGGACGGAAACGCCUGCUGUCAUGAAUGCUGUAUGAGUUGCUGAACAAGUCUCUUGGUUUGGAAUCUUUAAGGUCAAUCAUCACUCUGAUUAAUUCUUCUCUAUAAUGCACAAAAUGGUAAGUGUUGGCAUUAUCCUUUUUAUAUUUUCUGUACAAAAAGAAUGCAUUCCACACUGCCAUAUCUAGACAGUGAAAUAACACCUUUUUAUACCACCUUAUGGUUUUUCGAGGGCAAGAGUAAUAUGAUAUCAUCUGAUCUGAGCGAUCAAUACCGGACAUAUAUCUGUUGUAAAUUUCAACUUCAACUGGCUUCAAUCUCGAUUUGCCGAAUCUGUUUUUAACUUCCACGAUGGAGGGAUGGUUCUUAGUAGUAAUCAUCAAGACAGGACGCUUAUCCUUCCAUAUUGAAACAUAUAUUUUGUUCUUGCGUGACCAGAAGUGCUCGCCCCUUUUUAGCUUUU